AUGCCUUAUCAAAUAGGAAUUUUGAGCAAAGGCUUUGGGGCACUGCUUGCACUUAAAUGGCUUUUCACCAGUGUGCAUUCGAUUAUGGUUUCUCAGAUGAUAAGAAUUUUGAGCAAAGGCUUGGGGGCACUGCUUGCACUUAAAUGGCUUUUCACCACUGUGUGUUCGAUUAUGACAGGUCAGAAGGGAAUUAUAAGCAAACUCUUGGGGGCAAAGCUUGCACUUAAAUGGCUUAUCACUCUUGUGCUUUUGAGUGUUGCCAAGCACUUGGGACUUCAAGCCAGACAUGGGAGGAUUCUGGCACUUGGAUUGUUUAUCACCAUGGGCAGCCAGGUGGCUCACAAUUUCAUGCUGAUCUCUGGUGACAUAGGUGCAGGAACAGCACCGAAACGAAAUUUCCUCAGUGACUUUCAGUGGGCAGCUGGUCUGCCCCAACAAUGUGCCUCCAUCACCUAG